UGACCUAACCAUUAAACAAUUUAAAACAACAGUUGAAGUUUCUUAUGUUUAGAAAUAAGCAUAACAACAUAAAUAAAAGUGAUCAUUAUACUUAAUAAACUCUAUUAUAUGUGUGACAUAUAUUAUAUUUAAAGAUAUAAAUAUAUAACAUUUAUAAUGGUGCGUUUUAAAAACAGGUAUAUUACGAUUGAAAUAAUACCUAAAAUUGAAAAUAACAAAGUUUUAACAUUGAGAACUGCUGCAUUACAAAACGCUAUUCAAGCAAAAGUUCAACAAUUAUAUGGAGAUUUUGGAUCGGCUGCAAUAAAAGUUGGAUUUCAAGCAAAAUAUUGUAAUGCACAAACAAAAAUAGCACUUAUCAAAAGUAGGCAUGGACCUCAUAAAUUUAUAUUAAAUUGCAUUCCAUUGCUAAGUGAUAUCGAUGGUCGAGCUGUAACAGUAAAUAUUCUUUAUGUCGGUGCAACUAUAAAACAUUGUUUUAUUUUUAUAAGAACAUACCAGCAGAAGAAGUUGGAAAAAAUGUGGGAUACUUUUAGAAAUGAUAAUGAAAGAAGAGAAAUGCAAAAAGCGUUGAUGCAAUUGACAACAUCUAUGAAAGUUUUUAGAUAAUAUUGAAUUAAUUAAAAAUAUUUAUUGAUAUAUUAAAGAUAGAUUUGUAUUGCUUGUUUCUUUAAAAAAAAUUCUUUAAAAAUACACUUGAUAAUCUUAAUCAUAAUUCAAUAAUUAAAAUUAUAUAUAUAUAUCCAUGCAUACGUACAUAUAUAUAAGACUUUCUUAGAAUCGAUCGAAUUAAUACGUCAGAUUUACAUUUGAAACGUAAAGAAAUAAGCACAAAAAAUUCUACAAAUGAUUAUGCGAUGGAAACGUAUUGAAAAAAAAAUAAAUAAAAUGAAAUAAAAUAAAAAACAAAGGAAACAUUAAGUGGAAAGAAAAUUUGCAAGGAUUUUGAAAAGUGGCGCUGCUGACGCAUCUUUUAACUUCGUAUAGAAAAACAGCGCGUAAUUCAAAUUCAAUGGGAAUCUCGUUCCAGCGUUGGUUGCAAGCAAUCUAUGGUGGGAGAAGGGGGUGUUAGCGUAUAGGGCUGGUUGGUGAUCGCCGGCAGUCGUCGCUGCGGCGUUGCUGCAGUUUGUACAACGAACUUUAAGAAGUUAUCAGAGAACGGAGAAGCACGACACGACGAUAGAAUCCGGUGGUGCUUCCAUAUAAAUCUCGUAUUAUAAUAAAUAUAUAUCGCAAUUACGUGUUAUCGUUGGUGUUGUUUCCUUAUUCGUAAAAACAAAAAGCAUACACAAACUUUGUAUAAAUAAACAUCGAACGAAGCGGACAAGGACCAAACCAAAACUAUUUUUUUCUCUCAAAGAAAGAAGA